AUGGAGCAUUCUGCAGAGGAGUAUUCAAUUGUUAUGGCCACCAAUCUUGAACGUGCAUAUCAUUUGUCCCUACUUUCACAUCCACUUCUGAAAGCCUCUGGGUCAGGCAGCAUUGUUUUCAUAUCUUCAGUUGCCGGAGUGGUAGCCUUAUUUAGCGGACCAAUUUAUGGAAUGACUAAAGCUGGUAUGAACCAAUUAGCAAAGAACUUAGCAUGCGAGUGGGCAAAAGACAACAUAAGGAUAAACUCUAUUGCGCCAGGGUACAUCUCGACUUCACUUACAGAAGGAGUUUUUUCAAACAAGGAAUUGAGGGACAAUAUCUUGAGCCAAGCUCCACUCAGGCGUGCAGGAGAACCAGAGGAAAUAUCUUCUAUCGUUGCUUUUCUUUGCAUGCCUGGUUCGACGUACAUUACAGGCCAAACGAUUUCAGUUGAUGGAGGCAUGACUAUUAAUGGGUGUUAUCCAACUCCGAAAGAAAAUAUGUUCCUCAAUGUCGUGGAAACCACCACUACUAAGGGCGCUCAUCAAAGUUAG